AUGAACCUAAAUGAGAAACGCUGGAAUGAGAACUACCUGGAGGAAAUGCUACUUUUAACUUCUCAAAACCUAACGAUGAUUAAAGUUGAAGAUAACUAUACUAUUGUCAGAGAGCUGGGCAGUGGCUCCUAUGGACAUGUACUACUUGCAAUGAACCAAUCAAGAGGGAAUCUGAUGGCUCUGAAGUUCAUGCAAAAAAACACAACUGACCUUCACGUUUUCCUUAUUGAGUACUGCAUAUCCCUCUGCUUGUCAACUCACCCAUGCAUUAUCAAUACUUUCGGAAUUGCUUUUCAGACAGAAAGGCAUUAUGUGUUUGCCCAGGAGGUUGCAUAUGAUAAUCUCUUCUCCCUUAUGAAGCCUCAGGUUGGUGUGCCAGAAAAUUCAGUGAAGCGUUGCGCUAUCCAGCUUUCCAGCGCAAUAGAUUACAUGCAUAAGAAGGGUCUGGUUCAUCGUGAUAUAAAGCCUGAAAAUAUUCUCAUCUUUGAUAAAGAUUGUCGACAGAUUAAAUUAACAGAUUUUGGACUCUCCUGCCGAAAUGGAACAUCUGUGGAAUCAAUGCCUGAAAAUUUGCCUUACACAGCCCCAGAGAUGUGCCACCUUGGAGCAUCAGACAAGCUAAUCGCAAAUACAAGUUUAGAUACAUGGUCAUUUGGGGUUCUCCUCUUUUCCACUUUAACUGGAUAUUUUCCAUGGACGUCUGCAGUUACCUCUGAUAAUCACUAUGUAGAAUACACCAAAUGGCAAAGAAGCAAAAGGAUUUUCCGGGUUCCAAACCAAUGGAAGACAUUUAGUGAAGCAGCCAUAGAAAUGUUGACACAAUUGAUUGUCCCCGACCCAGCUAAGAGAUGUUCUUGCACAGAAAUCCUAAAGUUUCUGAAAGCACCCUGGAAGGUCAUCCUCGACAACAGCAAGACUACCAACCCUAAUGUUUUUAAAAACAAAAACUUUGCUUGGAGAUAG